GACUACUUCUACUACUAGGACGAGCUAUAGGGUCGUCACAUGCGCUCAUUUAUACACAUGUCGCUGACCUUUCUCCCCCGCCGCGCCGCUCCCUCUCCAUAAUUUAUUCCCCCCUCCCCACCUUCGGCGGCCACUCACUCACGCACUAUAAGCUACUACUAUACAAUCUUCUUCUUCCUAGUCAACUACUCAUAUAUCAUCUUCUUCGAAAACCGCCCCCCCGAUCGACGACGUCAACGGGUUUGGUCGGCGGCGGUGGCCGGAGCGGAUCAUCAUGGGGCGAUCGCCGUGCUGCGAUAAAGUGGGGCUGAAGAAGGGGCCGUGGACCCCGGAGGAGGACCAGAAGCUUCUGGCCUACGUCGAGCAGCACGGCCACGGCAGCUGGCGUGCCUUACCCGCCAAAGCCGGUCUGCAGAGGUGCGGGAAGAGUUGCAGGUUGAGGUGGACGAAUUACCUGAGACCGGACAUAAAGAGGGGCAAAUUCACUCUCCAAGAAGAGCAAACCAUCAUUCAACUCCACGCCCUCCUCGGUAACCGGUGGUCGGCGAUUGCCACUCACUUGCCGAAGAGGACAGACAACGAGAUCAAAAACUACUGGAAUACCCACCUCAAGAAACGUCUCGCCAAAAUGGGAAUCGACCCCGUGACCCACAAGCCCAAGAACGACGCCCUCUCCUCCUCCUCCUCCUCCGCUGCCUACGACGGCAAGAGCGCCGCCAACCUCAGCCACAUGGCUCAGUGGGAGAGCGCCCGCCUCGAAGCCGAAGCCCGCCUCGCCCGCCAAUCCCGCCUCCGCUCCCCUCCCGCCGGCGGCACUCCUCUCAUCGUCCCCUCACCACCCGCCUCCCUCCCCUGUCUCGCAUGGGGAGGUGGGCCCCUAGUCGGACUCGAGUCCCCGACUUCGACGCUCAGUUAUUCCGGCAACGUGCUGCCGCCGCACGUUACCGAGAUCCCGGAGGCGGUGCAGUCGCCGCCGGAGUACAAGCCGGGCACGGAGUUCGCGCCGGGGUGGCCGGAAGACCACGCCUCCGGCGGGAACUUCGUGGAGCGGUUCACGGAUCUUCUGCUGAGUGCGAGCUCGGCGGAUGAACGGAGCUUGUCGGAGGCCGGAAGCACGGAGACGGUAAACGCCGGCGACGGCGCCGGGCAGUGCUAUGAAGAUAACAAGAAUUACUGGGAUAGCAUACUUAAUUUGGUCAAUUCUUCACCGUUGGAUUCGCCUAUGUUUUAGAAGAUAGAAAAUAUGAUAAUGAUGUAUCAUGCAUGUAUGUAGUGUUAUUGUUUGAACAAAAAAAAUUAUUGCGUAAUUAAUUUCACUCAAGUCUUGUUAUUAAAAGUUGUUGGUAGUAUUCCAAAAUCCAAAUAACAAAUCUUGAUUCAUUUUAUUUUUUGUAUUAAUUAGGAUACUCAUAUUGUUAAUUCCAAUAGAUUGGAAAUAAAAAAUUGAAUUUGUGUGUCUUUGAUUAUAAUUUUAAUUAGCAUGCCUUGGGUGGAUCAAUAAUGAAAACCAUGUGUAUUA